AUAAAAUAUAAAGUAGUUCAAAGUGACAAGCGUCAACAAGUGAGCAACAUAUUUCAAGUUUGUUCAGAAAACACGACAGGGGCCAUAACGAGGAAGUACGUAGUGUCGUCAUGUGAUCAAUAAAAAAUGGCCGCGGUGAUGUGGCGUUCCCGGAUGCGCAACUAUGACGCUGAGUUGCAGAGGGCCCGUCUGGAGGUUGUUCCAAUAGAAUUUUCGGAAUACCAUCCCCUCAAAACUAUUUUGGUGACAGACAGCAAACCUCUCCGUGGAACUCGUAAGGGCAGCACCUCUUCCUCUUCGUCGUCCUCUUCCUCAGCGGCGCCAGACCCCCUCAGCUCCAUGUUGGACGGAACUGAUCCGCUGUCCAUGUUCGCAGCCGAGACGCCAUAUACGACGCACAUUGCCUUUGCCGGGGAUGCAAGGAAGAAGGGGGAGAAGGAGAACGAGCCAGUGGGAGCAGACUUUGAGCCCUGGUCGAUGAAGAGAGGGGAGAUCCUGGCGAGGUUCACCACUACGGAAAAACUCUCAAUUAAUUUAUGCAUGGGCUCUGACAAAGAUUUCCCAAAUUCCCAGAAUCCUGGAUCCUCUGCUGUCUCUGAAAAAGUCCGCAAUCGUCUGGAGGAACUGGAUGAUCUGGAAGAGGGUUCCCAGAGGGAGCUGCUCAAUCUUUCCCAGCAGGAAUAUGCCAAUCGCAUCGAGGAGCUGAACCAGUCCCUGAAAGAGGCCUGGGCCUCUGACCAGAAGGUCAAAGCCUUAAAGAUCGUUAUCCAGUGCUCCAAGCUUCUCUCUGACACGUCUGUGAUCCAGUUUUACCCCAGCAAGUUCGUUCUCAUCACUGACAUACUUGACACUUUUGGCCGGCUCGUUUACGACAGAAUUUGGAGCAUGUGUUCAGACCCAAAACCUUUACCGGACUCAUUCACAGUUGAUGAUGUCAAUGACACGGCGAAGGAGACGUGCCUCAACUGGUUCUUCAAAAUUGCCUCCAUUAGGGAACUGUUACCCAGAUUAUACGUCGAAGCCUCCAUCCUGAAGUGCAAUCGCUUCCUGAACAAAUCUGGCGUUGAGGAAACUCUCCCGCGGCUGACCGCAAUGAUCAGAGGAAUUGGAGAUCCUUUGGUGGCAGCUUACACCCGAGCUUACCUGUGCAGGGUUGGCAUGGAGGUCGCACCCAGUUUGAAAGACAGCCUAAAGCGCAACUUCUUUGACCUGCUCGGAACCUUCCGGCAGAUCAGUGAGGAGAGUGUUCGCAACCAGCUGAUUGUGCAAAGGGUGGAGAUGCCAGAGUACCUGACACUCUAUUCGCCCGCCAUCAACUGGAUCUUGCAGUGUAGUGCUUACAGAGCUCCAGAGACUCUCCUUACAGAGAUGAUGGAGAGAUGCAAGAAGCUGGGUAACAAUGCCCUCCUGCUGAAUUCUGUGAUGAGGGCAUUCAGUCCCGAGUUUGUCGCCACCAGAGCUACGGACUUCAUCGGUAUGAUAAAAGACUGCGACGAGGCUGGGUUCCCCAAGCACUUGUUAUUUGGAUCACUGGGUCGCUGUCUGGCCUGCGCUGACCCUCCAGAAUUGGAGAGGCUGACGAUCCUCAAUGAAGCUUGGAAGGUUAUCACCAAAGUCCGCAGUCCUCGGAAUUACAUCAACUGUGCUGAAAUCUGGGUCGAGUUCACCUGCCGACAUUUCACAAAACGCGAGGUGAACACCGUUCUGGGAGACAUCAUCAAGCACAUGACCCCUGACCGGGCCUUUGAGGAUGCCUAUGCUCAGCUGCAGUCUGUGAUCAGGAAGAUCCUUGCCCACUUCCACGACUUCACCGUCCUCUUCUCAAUGGAGCGUUUCCUCCCAUUUCUGGAUAUGUUCCAGAAGGACAGUGUGAGAGUAGAGGUGUGCAGGUCCAUUAUGGACGUCUUCAUCAAACACCAGCUCGAGCCAACCAGAGACCCUGUCAUCCUCAACGCCAUGAUGCACAUUUGCAAGACCAUGCAUGACUCUGUCAACGCUCUCACGCUUGAUGAUGAAAAAAGAUCUUUGUCUGUACUGAUCAUUGGCUUUAUGCGUGUGGUUUCAUUCGGCAGAGACUUCGAGCAGCAGUUGAGUUUCUGUGUGGAGGCCAGAGCCACCUUUUGUAACCUGGAGCCAGUACUGGUGCAGCUCAUUCAUACAGUGAAUCAGCUCGCGAUGGAGACCAGGAGGGUGAUGAGAGGCAAUCACUCUCGCAAAACGGCCGCAUUUGUCCGAGCAUGUGCUGCCUACAGUUUUAUUACCAUCCCAUCACUUAGCAGCAUCUUUAGCCGUCUCCACCUCUAUCUUCUGUCUGGUCAGGUUGCGUUGGCCAACCAGUGUCUAUCCCAGGCGGAUGCCUUUUUAAAGGCAGCGGUCAGCAUUCUUCCGGAGGUUCCGCGCUCGAUCAGCGUGGAAGGGAAACUUCGCUCUUCAGAGAGUUUCCUGCUCGACUUCAUCAACAACUUCCUCUCUACCCUACUGGUUGUUCCGGAUCACCCGGAGCAUGGCGUGCUCUACUUAGUCCGUGGUGUGCUCAACAUGGUGCAGGAUUACACCUGGGAGGACAACAGUGAUGCCAAAGUGCGCGUCUACAUCUGUGCCCUGCCCCUGCUGGCCGCCAUGAGCCAGGAAUCAUACCUGUACACCAUUCCAAAAAUGGACUCCAAUGAGACCCUUUACGGUGGGGACCCAAAGUUCCUGUCAGAAAUUAACAAGCUGUGUGAGACCUUGAUCGGGCAGAUCCUGGACAACCUGAAGGUUCUCGGUCGAGAAGAGUUGCAGCCAACCACACGCCGUCAAGGGACUCUGGCAUUCUCUCUCUUCUGUGUUUUGCUCACCCACGGAGACCUGAGGAACAACAAGCUGAGCCAGCUGGCUGUUAACCUGUGGAACCUCAGCCACAAAAAUGGAUACUGUGAGACGCGAGUUUCUGUUCGGACACUGGAAUACAUAAAGCAUCAGGCUCAGCAGGCUGACAUGUCUCACCUGUCGGAAAUGGUCCAGAGGCUCGCAUUGCAGUCCCGCGCCUGAACCCCAACAUCAAGAAAAAAAGCCCACUACACAAUGGAAAGCACUACAAAAUGGCUUAAUACAAUGUAAGAUAUGAGGUUAGUUUGAUAUAAAAUGAUCAUGAUACUUGUAAAAUACAAGUUGUGGUUCCAUUCAUCCAUUUUCUGUAGUGCUUGUCCUUAUUUGGGUCAGGCUGGAGCCUGUCCCAAUUUGCAGGAUUGUGAGAUACAUCCUGGACUAGUUCUCAGCCAAAACCAGGGUCAUGGCAAUUUUUAGGAUGAAAGUGUUGAACUUCUCUGUAUUGUCAUGCAGUACUGUUCACAUAAUGUAUAUAUUUAUAAUUUUGUAUUUUAUUUAUAGACUGCUGAUCAUGUAUGAGCUAAUCUUCUUUAUUAAUAUUGAAUUUGCCUUCUAAUAUUAGUCCUUAUUUUCAUAUGAUACAAUAAAGAAAAUGGACAACAAAA